AUGUCUUCCCAAGGCCAACAUGUCCCAGAGGGACCCCCAUAUCUCCCCCGCGGCGUCAUCCUCGGCCUCAUCCCAUCGCCCAUGUCCGACAUACCAGUUUCCUCCGUCUUAAUCGUCUUCUUUAUUCUCUCCGCGACCCUCAGGAUGGCGAUAUUUCAACUCAACCUCCGCCGCAAUCACAAAUUCGUACUCUCGGCCGUUCUGUUCAGACUCUCCAUGGCUCGCAUCAUGGCCAACGUGCUGCGCAUUGCCUGGGCUGUCCACAACGACAACGCCCGCCUCGUCAUUGUGGCCUCCAUAUUUGCCAACGCGGGUAUGAUGCUUCUCUUCGUCGUCAACUUGAUCUUGCCGCAGCGCGUCGUGCGGGCUCAUCACCCUCAGAUAGUCUGGAGCAAACCGUUUGGUUGGGCUUUCCGGUUCUUGUACUCUGGUAUCGCGGCGUCUCUCGUCAUGGUCAUUGCAUCAGUUGUUUAUAGCUAUUACACGCUUGAUCCUCAUGUCCCGUCCCAGCUCCGAUGCAUACGCCUCAUCACAGCCGUCUAUCUUGCGGUACUGGCAUUUAUUCCUAUUCCAGGGGUCAUAAUCACACUUUUGCUUCCCUGCUCCUCUCCCAUCGAACAUUUUGGCCAAGGCACUAUGCGUACCAGAGUAGUUCUACUUCUUUUCACCUCGGACCUGCUCUCUCUUGGCGCUUGUUUUCGCGCCGGUGCUGCCUUCAUCCAACGACCGUCCGAGAACCCCGGGCGGUUCAACUCCAAGGCGGCUUAUUACUGCUUCAACUAUAUGGUCGAGUUAGUUGUGGUCUUCACCUACGUCUUGUCCCGCUUCGAUCGUCGAUUUCUUAUCCCCAACGGAAGCAGUUGA